UAACUAGACGGGUAUUUAAUAGAGAUAAGAUAGAAUAAAAAAAAAUUACAUAAUUGGAGUUAUAAAAAAAAAACAUAAGGAUAAGAUUAAGAAAAAAAACGGAGAAAGAUAUUUUUGAAUUUAUUAUUAUUAUUAUUAUUAUUAUUAUUAUUAUUAUUAUUAUUAUGAAUAAUUUACUUAUUCGUGGUUAUCGUGUUAUUUUACUACGCUCAUGUUGGGGUUAUAUUUGUAAAGAUAAAAACAAAUUAUACAAAAUAUUUCAUAUUGAGGGAGUUAAUCGAUUCACUAAAAGCAAAGUGGAAUUGGUAAAUAGUGUUCAUUAUUCGACGACGUCUGACAAUAUGCGAGGUCAGGGUGAUGAAAGGAAUGUAAUUGGCUAUGAAGAACUUAUAAAAGAUCAGAAAGAUGAUAAGGUUUUGAUAAUUGAUGUUAGAGAGCAAAAAGAGAUUGAUGAAACUGGAAAGUUACCUGGAAGUAUUCAUAUACCUAUGGGUAAUGUAUUGAACACGUUGAACUUAACAGAUGAAGAAUUUAAAAACCAAUACGAUAAACCAAAACCUGAUAAGGAUACCAAGAUAGUAUUGAGUUGUAGAUCUGGAGUAAGGAGUGCUAAUGUUCAACGAGAAUUACUGAAACUUGGAUAUGAAAAUGCGUAUAAUUACAUCGGAGGUUGGUCUGAAUGGGAAAGUAAACAAAAAGCAUAAAUUCUAAAUAUAAAUAAUUAAAAUAUUUAAUGAAGUUAAUUACUUAACAUAAAAUCUAUAAUUAACGAGUAAUUAUAUACAUGAGCAUAAUGUUUAAUUAACCUAAUAAAUUAAAAAAAUUUUUUAUAUACAUAAUAUACA